UGUUGGGUUGUAAUUGAGCCUUCAGUACAUAGACGCGUAUGGGCCAAGCACAAACCCAAGAAAGUGAGCACUAAGUUCCUUGAACACUGAGCAAACAAGUAUAAAAAACUAGAAAACACAGUAAGCGCGAGAGGCGCCACAUGCAGUUAACAUCCGGUAACCGGUAAGCCCGGAAGACAAAAAAAAGUGAAAUCCACAGUAGCAGACAGCAGCACUCUUACACCAUUAUAGCUUCUACCGAACCAAGCAAAGCAAACCAAAUAAAAAAAAACCAAUAGAAUCACACCCCUACCCUGCCGCCACCGGAGAACCCACCAUUGACUCCGACACCGUGCCCCCUCUUCCCACUUUCUGAAUUUCAUUUUCCGCAAUCCAUUAUUAUUAUUAUAAUAACAUUCCAUUCCUGUCUCCACCAGAGAUUCUCUGAUCUCGUGAUUGAACUCGCACAUUUUUUUCGUCACUCGCGGCUUCACGCUCAGAGAUUUAAUUUGAUUAAUUAUUAAGAAGCGAAAAUGCUUACGUGCAUAGCUCGUCCAAAGAAACCUGAUGAAUCGGAUCCGGACAACGCGACAAGCGCCGCUAAAUCGCAAGCCAUCAAAUCCCUUACUUCUCAGAUAAGGGAUAUGGCGUUGAAGGCCUCGGGAGCGUACAAGCAUUGCGCACCGUGCACGGGGCCAGCGACGCAGGGGCGAGUUCGGAGCAACGCCACCGAGUUGGACGCGGAUUCGGACCGGUUCCGGUGGUCGUACCGGAGAACGGGGAGCUCGAGCUCGACGACGACAAGGACGUGGGGGAAGGAGAUGGAGGCGCGGCUGAAGGGGAUUUCGAGCGGGGAGGGAACGCCGAACUCCGCCAGCGGACGGAGGGCGGAGCCGGUGGUGCUGUUCGUUGAAGAGAACGAGCCGAAGGAGUGGGUUGCGCAGGUGGAGCCUGGCGUUUUGAUUACGUUCGUGUCGUUGCCACGUGGCGGGAACGAUCUCAAGCGUAUACGGUUCAGUCGAGAGAUGUUCAAUAAAUGGCAAGCUCAAAGGUGGUGGGCAGAGAACUACGACAAGGUUAUGGAACUUUACAAUGUUCAAAGGUUUAACCGCCAAGCAUUUCCUCUUCCAACGCCUCUAAGAUCUGAAGAUGAGAGCUCAAAGCUUGAAUCAGUAGAAGAAAGCCCUGUAACACCUCCACUGAACAGUGAGCGGUUACCUCGUAAUAUGUACCGUCCAACAGGGAUGGGAAUGGGUUACUCAUCCUCAGAUUCCUUUGAUCAUCAGUCUAUGCAAUCUCGGCAUUUCUAUGACUCAAAUGGUAUGAACUCAACACCAAAAGUGUCCACCAUUAGUGCGGCCAAGACAGAGAUAUCAUCAAUGGAGGCUUCUAUCAGAAGUAGCUCAUCCAGAGAGGCUGAUCGCUCGGGUGAUUUUUCAAUCAGUAAUGCUAGUGAAUUGGAGACUGAAUGGGUUGAACAGGAUGAACCUGGGGUUUACAUUACGAUCAGAGCAUUGCCAGGUGGUGCAAGAGAGCUCAAACGAGUCAGGUUCAGGUACACUUGCUGCCAAUUUCAUGACUGGAAAAUGCCCUUUAGCAGUUCAUUACUAUGUCAAAUAUCUAACCAUUUAAUACAAUACCACUUAAUUGGCCUAUAGUAUAAGAAUUAGGAAACAGGCAAUGCUCAAAUUUUCGUGCUGAUUUGUCUAUUACUGCCUCCCAUUUUGUUCCCACAGACCAUUGCCUCCAUUGUGUAUGGAUGGUGUAAAUCUAGGCAGCAGAAGAUAUAUACAUACAUACAUAAACGUAUACAUUGUGCUUGUUUUUCAUGGUUGAAUUUUGAUGUAGAAGUCUAUGGAAUUUAUUUCUUGGUGUUCUCAUGUGUUACAUAGCCGAGAAAAGUUUGGGGAGAUGCAUGCUAGAUUAUGGUGGGAAGAGAACCGUGCCAGAAUACAUGAACAAUACUUGUGAGUUGUGAGAUUUUACAAAGGAGGUGGCUGCUGAUGCUUUACAAAGUGUGGAGCUGGUGUUGCUUAUUAAAUUGUUCCAUACUUGUUUUGUUAUACUACUAUUAAAUCUCUUUAUAGGUGAAGAUGUCAGAUGAGGUGCUACUUGCAUCUCUGCCUUUUUUUGGGCUAUUUACAUGUGAUCGGUUCAGGUUAUAUUCUCUUGAAUGUGGGUGGUAAAUAUAGUUUCUAGUAAAGAUACUAGCGGAUCAAGAGCAGCAAUGAUUUACUUAAAAAGUUUGAGAAGUCUGGUGGGUGUAAAUUCUAUUACUAUUCAAAUUGGAUAAAGAAGAUGAAUCCACUUUCAUCAUUUUGUUCCUACACUUCUAGGUCCAUCACGCAUCAGUUAUGAUGCACAAACAUAUGAAAAUGCAUGUCACCAGGUUUAUUUGUUCCUGA